CCAGAGAGAGAGAAAGAAGCAGAGCGCGAGCGAGCGAGUGAAUGAUAGCUAGACAGACAGACAGACAGACAGAGAGGCAAGGCAUGGCAGGCUCCAUGCAGCUUCAGCUUGUGAGAUGUAACCAGUAGGGUGGUGCGGCGGUGGUGUGUGGUGUGUGGUGUGUGGUAGCAUGAGCAUGACGGUGGGCGAUCUUGUGCUGGCCGCUCCGGCGAUCCUGCUCGCCUUGCUCCUGGCUCUGGUGCUGAGCCACUUCCUGCCUUUGCUCCUCAACCCCAAGGCUCCGAGGGGCAGCUUUGGAUGGCCCCUUGUUGGUGAGACCCUCAGGUUCCUCACCCCUCACGCUUCCAACACGCUGGGUAGCUUCCUGGAGGAUCACUGCUCCAGGUAUGGGAGGGUGUUCAAGUCCCAUCUGUUCUGCACCCCCACCGUGGUGUCCUGUGACCAGGAGCUGAACCACUUCAUCCUGCAGAAUGAGGAGAGGCUGUUCCAGUGCAGCUACCCCAGGCCAAUUCAUGGCAUACUGGGCAAGUCCUCCAUGCUGGUGGUCCUGGGGGAGGACCACAAGAGGCUCAGGAACCUUGCUCUGGCCCUGGUCACCUCCACAAAGCUCAAGCCAAGCUACCUUGGCGACAUUGAGAGGAUUGCGCUGCAUAUAGUUGGAUCAUGGCAUGGCAAGGGCAGCAACAUCACCUUCUGCGAGGAGGCAAGAAAGUUUGCAUUCAGUGUGAUAGUGAAGCAGGUGCUGGGGCUGUCACCAGAGGAGCCAGUCACUGCCAUGAUACUGGAGGACUUCCUCACCUUCAUGAAGGGCCUCAUCUCUUUUCCUCUCCGCAUCCCAGGGACCCCCUAUGCCAAAGCUGUCCAGGCCAGAGAGAGGAUAUCAAGCACUGUGAAGGGCAUUAUUGAGGAGAGGAGGAAGGCUGACUGCUGCAAGAGGGAUGAUUUCCUCAACGUGCUCCUGUCAACCGAUGAACUCUCUGACGAGGAGAAAGUGAGUUUUGUGCUGGACUCCCUGCUGGGAGGAUAUGAGACCACCUCGCUCAUGAUCUCCAUGGUCGUCUACUUCCUUGGGCAGUCAGCUCAAGAUCUGGACCUAGUGAAGAGGGAGCAUCAAGGCAUAAGAUCUACCAAAGCGAAGGAGGAGUGCUUGAGCUCUGAGGACUACAAGAAGAUGGAAUAUACCCAACAUGUUAUCAAUGAGGCGCUGAGAUGUGGAAACAUUGUCAAGUUUGUCCACAGGAAGGCCCUCAAAGAUGUCAGAUACAAAGAGUAUCUGAUUCCAUCUGGCUGGAAAGUCCUACCUGUUUUUAGUGCUGUUCAUCUGAACCCCUCACUUCAUGGAAAUGCCCAACAGUUUCAGCCUUGCAGAUGGGAGGGCCCAAGCCAAGGUACAAGCAAGAAGUUUACGCCCUUCGGCGGUGGCACCAGGCUCUGCCCUGGAUCAGAGCUUGCCAAAGUAGAGGCUGCUUUCUUCCUCCAUCACCUUGUGCUGAAUUUCAGAUGGAAAAUAGAUGGCGAUGACAUUCCAAUGGCAUACCCGUACGUGGAGUUCCCGAGAGGCCUGCCGAUCGAAAUCGAGCCAAUUUGCUCUGAAUCUUGACUGGGUUCUUGGAGCUGCAGACAUGGUGGCGAGUGAAAAAAAAAGAGAUUGCAAGCAGUGAAGUGAAGAAGCACUGAUGAGUAGCUAGCAUAGCUAGUUGCUGGAAUGGGGUAGCUGAGGAGGUUGUGAUCUCCUCUGUACAUGGUGUACAUAUAUUUUGUCCAUUGUGAUUACUUGAGGUGGUUGGGUCACCCUGUUACGUCCUCCACUGUUUGGACUACCACCCUAUAGAGAAAAAAUGGGCUCCUGGGGUUUACAUUUACUUGUUCUGAAACUCAGUAGGGGGGACAUAUGUAUGAGCCGCACCUCAUUGAAACUUCGAAACAACGUUCCUAUCCUUGCCAAACAGACCAUGUAAGUCUCAAAAAAUAAAGACCAUGUAAGAGAAAAUUGGCAUAA